AUGAAAGCUCCAAUUCCGCACUUGAUUCUCUUAUAUGCUACUUUUACUCAGAGUUUGAAGGUUGUGACCAAAAGAGGCUCUGCUGAUGGAUGCACCGAUUGGUCUGUCGAUAUCAAGAAAUACCAAGUUUUGGUGGGAGAGCCCGUUCGAAUCAAAUGUGCACUCUUUUAUGGUUAUAUUAGAGCAAAUUACUCCCUAGCCCAAAGUGCUGGACUCAGUUUGAUGUGGUACAAAAGCUCUGGUCCUGGAGACUUUGAAGAGCCGAUAGCCUUUGAUGGAAGUAGAAUGAGCAAGGAGGAAGACUCCAUUUGGUUCCGACCAACGUUACUACAGGAUAGCGGUCUUUACGCCUGUGUCAUCAGGAACUCCACUUACUGUAUGAAAGUAUCCAUCUCGCUGACAGUGGGUGAAAAUGACACCGGACUCUGCUACAAUUCCAAGAUGAAGUACUUUGAUAAAGCUGAACUUAGCAAAAGCAAGGAAAUUUCAUGCCGUGACAUAGAAGAUUUUUUACUACCAACCAGAGAACCUGAAAUCCUAUGGUAUAAGGAAUGUAGGACAAAAUCAUGGAGGCCCAGUAUUGUAUUCAAAAGAGACACCCUGCUUAUAAGAGAAGUACGAGAAGAUGACAUUGGAAAUUACACAUGUGAAUUAAAAUAUGGAGGCUUCGUUGUGCGAAGAACCACUGAACUAACUGUUACAGCUCCUCUGACUGAUAAGCCACCCAAGCUUUUGUAUCCUGUGGAAAGCAAACUGACAAUUCAGGAGACUCAGCUGGGUGACUCAGCUAAUAUAACCUGCAGAGCUUUCUUUGGGUACAGUGGAGAUGUCAGUCCUUUAAUUUACUGGAUGAAAGGAGAAAAGUUUAUCGAAGAUCUGGAUGAAAAUCGACUUUGGGAAAGUGACAUUAGAAUUCUCAAGGAGCAUCUUGGGGAACAAGAAGUUUCCAUCUCAUUAAUCGUGGACUCUGUACAAGAAAGUGACUUGGGAAAUUACUCCUGUUAUGUUGAAAAUGGAAAUGGACGUCGGCAUGCCAGCGUACUCCUUCACAAACGGGAGCUGAUGUACACAGUUGAACUUGCUGGAGGGCUUGGUGCUAUCCUUUUGCUGCUUGUUUGUUUGGUGACCAUCUAUAAGUGUUACAAAAUAGAAAUCAUGCUUUUCUACAGGAAUCAUUUUGGGACUGAGGAGCUGGAUGGAGACAAUAAAGACUAUGAUGCAUACUUGUCAUAUACCAAAGUGGAUCCUGACCAAUGGAAUCAAGAGACUGGGGAAGAAGAACGCUUUGCUCUUGAAAUCCUACCUGAUAUGCUUGAAAAGCACUAUGGAUACAAGUUGUUUAUACCAGACAGAGAUUUGAUCCCAACUGGAACCUACAUUGAAGAUGUAGCAAGGUGUGUAGAUCAAAGCAAGCGCCUGAUUAUUGUCAUGACCCCAAAUUACGUAGUCAGAAGGGGCUGGAGCAUCUUUGAGCUGGAGACCAGACUCCGAAACAUGCUUGUGACUGGGGAAAUUAAAGUGAUUCUGAUUGAAUGCAGUGAGCUACGUGGAGUUAUGAACUACCAGGAGGUGGAGGCCCUCAAGCACACCAUCAAGCUCCUGACAGUUAUUAAAUGGCAUGGACCAAAAUGCAACAAGUUGAACUCUAAGUUCUGGAAACGUUUACAAUAUGAAAUGCCUUUUAAGAGGAUAGAACCCAUUACGCACGAGCAGGCUUUAGAUGUUAGUGAGCAGGGGCCUUUCGGGGAGCUGCAGACUGUCUCGGCCAUUUCCAUGGCUGCGGCCACCUCCACAGCUCUAGCCACGGCUCAUCCAGAUCUCCGUUCCACCUUUCACAACACGUACCAUUCACAAAUGCGUCAGAAACACUACUACCGAAGCUACGAGUAUGACGUACCUCCUACCGGCACCCUGCCUCUUACCUCCAUAGGAAAUCAGCAUACCUAUUGUAACAUCCCUAUGACACUCAUCAAUGGGCAGCGGCCACAGACAAAAUCAAGCAGGGAGCAGAAUCCAGAUGAGGCUCACACAAACAGUGCCAUCCUGCCGCUGUUGCCAAGGGAGACCAGUAUAUCCAGUGUGAUUUGGUGA